AUGAGAUUGGCUUUACAUAACCUAUUAUUUGACGAUAAUGGAGAACCAUUUAAAAUAGUAUGCACAAAAAAGAUAAUAGUCCACAAGGAUUUUGAUUCUAACUAUUUGCACAGAUUAUUAAGAACUAUUAAUAUGGAAUCAUUCAAAAAUGGGUGCCAGGAUCUUGGCUUAGAGUUUAUAGAGUAUAUGGGAGAACAAACUUCUGAAGAAAAUCUCAAUAAAAUUCAUCAUUAUCUACUUGAAAUCGACAUUCUUAGUGGGUAUUUAGUAUCAAAAAGCGGACAAAAAUUUAAUAUUAUUGGCGGAAUUCCAGAUAUUGAUGUUCCUGUAUCAGAAAAAUAG